AUGGAAGAAGUGGAGCUCCAAAACUACCAAAACCCCGACACGUCGUCAUCAUCCUCCGCCUCCCCACGGCUAAAGCUCUUCGGCUUCAACGUCUCCUCAUCGUCUAAUUACCCAGAAGAUGCUGAAUCACUAGAAUCCAGCUGCUUCCCCUCUUCCACCUCGGGCCCACCAGAUCCGCCGCCGACUGCGGCGGACGGCGGAGGGAACGGCAGGAAGUACGAGUGCCAGUACUGCUGCAGGGAGUUCGCCAAUUCCCAGGCUCUAGGGGGACACCAGAACGCACACAAGAAGGAGCGACAGCAGCUGAAGCGGGCCCAAUUGCAAGCCACCCGCAACGCAGCGGCGGCCGCGGCCGCUAUGAUUAGGAAUCCCAUGAUCUCCGCCUUCGCUCCGCCGCCGCAUCUCCUCCCUUCCCCUCCGUCCGGCGGCGCUGGAUCCCUAAUUGGGCCUCCUUCUUGGGUUUAUUUGCCCCGUACCGCGCCGCCGUUUGGGGUCUCCCAUGGCGCCGUGUUUGGCGGCGGUGGUGGGAGGGGCGGAGGGGGUUUUUUGUACGGUGGUGGCGCCGGAGGGGAGCUGGGAUUGUCGGGUGGGUCCCACCAUAGUCCGGAUGGGCCGACUUCACUUAGCAGAUUCUCGAGAGGAGAAGGUGGGCCCAGUGUCGAUGACUCGUUGGGCUUGGACUUGCAUCUCAGUCUGGCUCCAGCUGGCCCGUGA